AUGGACACAUUCCUCUUCACCUCAGAGUCGGUCAACGAAGGCCAUCCCGACAAACUCUGUGACCAGGUCUCGGAUGCCAUCCUCGACGCCUGCCUCGAGCAGGACCCGGAGAGCAAAGUCGCGUGCGAGACGUGCACAAAAACAAACAUGGUCAUGGUAUUCGGCGAGAUCACCACAAAAGCCAACGUCAACUACGAAAAGAUCGUCCGCGACACUUGCCGAGGCAUCGGCUUCAUCUCCCCAGACGUCGGCCUCGAUGCCGAUAACUGCAAAGUCCUCGUCAAUAUCGAGCAGCAAUCUCCUGAUAUUGCUCAAGGGGUCCACGGCCAUCUCACCAAGAAGCCCGAAGAGAUUGGGGCCGGUGACCAAGGCCACAUGUUCGGUUACGCAACAGACGAGACUCCAGAACUCAUGCCGUUAACUCAUGUCCUCGCCACAAAGCUCGGGGCGAAGCUAACCGAGGCUAGAAAGAACAAGACUUGCCCGUGGCUGAGGCCCGACGGGAAGACACAAGUCACUGUCGAGUAUAAAAACGAGAACGGGGCAAUGGUCCCGAUUCGGGUCCACACUGUCCUCAUCUCGACCCAACACGACGAGACGGUCACGAACGAGCAGAUCGCGGCUGAUCUCAAGGAGCAUGUGAUCAAGCCCGUUAUCCCAGCCCAAUACCUUGAUGAAAACACAAUCUUCCAUCUGAACCCAUCGGGCCGAUUCGUGAUUGGAGGCCCGCAUGGCGAUGCGGGCCUUACUGGCAGGAAGAUUAUCAUCGAUACUUACGGUGGGUGGGGUGCUCAUGGUGGUGGGGCUUUUUCCGGCAAGGACCCGACUAAGGUGGAUAGGAGUGGAGCUUACAUUGUGAGGCAGGCGGCAAAGAGUGUUGUGGCCUCGGGGCUUGCUCGGAGGUGCAUCGUGCAGGUUUCGUACGCGAUUGGUGUGGCUGAGCCGCUCUCGGUUUUUGUGGAUACGUAUAAGACGGGCAAGAUUCCGGAUAAGGAUAUUCUGGGUUUGAUUAAGGAGAACUUUGACUUCAGGCCCGGGAUGAUUGCAAUCAAUCUUGACUUGUUGAGGGGAGGGAAUUUCAGGUACCAGAAGACUGCAGCUUACGGGCACUUUGGACGUGAUGAUCCAGAUUUCACCUGGGAGACAGUGAAGGUACUGAAGCCUAAAGCUUGA